CUCACCGUAACGCUUUACGAGGGCGGCGAAAUGGUGCUCGGCUCCCCUGCCUCAUCCUUCCUUCCCAACGCCGGCAACGCCCCAGCGGUGGCCGAAGCCUACAAAGGCCAGGAAUUCCACCUCGUGCUGGGCCUGCAAACCGGCGACGACAUCGCGCCCUAUCGCUUCACCUUCGUCAUCACCGACGUCCGGGUACGCUGAGACCCAUAAUAACAUCCGGCCGCGGCGAUCA